UUCUCGGUGAGCGAUAAGUUAUUUUCAGUUCGACUCCACGUACAUGGAUCAUUCAGAAAACAUUCCCUCUUGCGAUCACAAACCUCCUCGUUUGAUCACAAGAGAUCAAGAGCACGUGAUCAUGGUUUCUGCUCUGCGACAAGUCAUAUCCAACGUCCGAGUUGAAAAUUCAUCAUCGAACUCGGUUACAUGCGAAGCUCUUCAUCAACCUUUGGACGCUGGCCCUUGUCCUCUCUGCAAUAUUACCGGUUGCUUAGGUUGCGCAUUCCCAGUGCAUGAAGAGAUAGAGAAGGAGAAGAAGCACAAAGGUGUGAGGCAAAAGCCAUCAGGUAAAUGGUCUGCCGAGAUAUGGGAUCCGAGUUUGCAAAGAAGAAGGUGGCUUGGAACAUUUCCAACAGCUAAAAUGGCUGCGGAGGCUUACGAUGAUGCGGAGUCUAAGCUUGUCAAAAGAAAGGCAGCAAGAAGUGGCACAAUGAACGGAGAUGAACCAUCCAUACACCGAGAAGACGAGGGUGGAAAAUGAUUUAGAAAAUGUUUGGUCGUGUUUCACUCGAACUAAACAUGCAGUGGAAUUAUAAUAUACAAAAUCUUCACACAUAUCAUUUAUUUCAUUGAUCAGAUUUUUUACAUGUAUUAAAUAUUGUAUGUGACUACCUUGUGAUGGUGUUUUUAGUUUUAGCUUUCUUAUUAAAUUUGAUUUGUCAUAUUGUUCGUCGUUUUUUUAAGUGUUGCAUG